GGCGAUUAUACAUACAUUGUGUCGGUACUAUUACAAUACCAAGCCUGAAAUCUUCCAUUUCUUUGGGCCUAUCAAAUUGGACUUCGCGUAUUGUCGAAAACGUCCCGGUUACUCCGCUUUGGGAGUCAACAGGGGUAUCAACGGUAUUUAGCGGUGUGAAAGACGUUCAGCGCACUGCUACCUGAAUCGAACUACACGUGAAUCGAACUGCACGAUGAAGUCAAGCAACAAAGUUGCCCUGGUUGUUGGGGCCUCCAGAGGCAUCGGACGCCAAAUCGCCCUUGACCUGGCCAGGAACAAGUACAAAGUCGUCGUGGCUGCCAAAUCUAUGAGCGAUGCAAGCAAGGUCGUGCCAUUCCCGCCGAAUCCAAACUCACCAAACUCUACUAUCAAUACGGUAGAAAGAGAAAUCAGAGAGGCUGGUGAUGAUGCGACGGCAGUUCAGGUCGACACCAGGGAUUUCGAAUCCGUGCAAAGACUGGUAGAGCAGACUAUUGAGAUAUAUGGUCGGAUAGACGUCUUGAUCUAUAACUCUGGUGCCAUCUGGUGGGCUUCGGUGGCGGAGACUCCAAUGAAGAGGUUCCAGUUGAUGCAGCGUGUCAACCCAGAAGGGCUCUAUGCCACGGUCCAGGCUACACUGCCGCAUAUGACCAAGCAGCGUCAAGGUAGGAUCUUAGUGGUGAGCCCUCCGAUAUACAGUCGAUUUUUCCGAGGAAAGACAGCAUACGCAAUAGGCAAGAUUGGCAUGUCCGUCUUGACCAAGGGCUUGGCAAUGGAUCUGGAACGCCAAGGCCUGGAUGAGAUAGCCAUCACAAGCCUAUGGCCAGCUGUGGCCAUAGAGUCGGCGGCCACUGAGGCGUUUAUUCAGCAGAAUCCCGACGAGGCCAGGGACUUGAGGAAGCCAACGAUUUUUUCCGAUGCCAUCCUUGAAAUUCUCAGAGCACCAGCCAAGGUGGUAAACGGCAUGCUGGCGCUGGAUGAGGACUUUCUAAGAGACCACGCCGGUGUCACAGACUUUUCCGCGUAUUCGGUCGUAGCUGGUGCUCAGCCGCGGCGCAUCAUGCCCGCGGAUCUUCCCGACCUUACGGUAGCGGAGCAGGAUGAUGAAGGCCGGACACAUGACAGCUCCCGGACCACGAAGGGGAGAUCGAAGAUAUAGGCUAGAGAUCGACGCCCUUGCCCAUAAGCCGUGGACAUGAAUUCAUUAAGCCCGCGUAGCCAUACGAGCUUUUCUUGCAUCGUCUUCCCUCCUUGCCUCGCUACGAGCCAAGAACCCCUGCCGCUCGGCGUAGGAGUGUUUUGAUUUGCCAGCGAGCUUGAGCUCAUCCUGGAUGCCCUCCUUGUCAACGUAGCCAGCCC